AUGGACAACCGACACUCGUCCCCCCCUUCUCGCGCCCGAAGCCCUCGCCCCAGCACCCAAAGGAAGAGGAGCAACUCGUUCCCAAUCUCGGAUGCAUUGGGAUGCUCCACCCCCGAAGCCGAACUUAUCCUAGCAGAGGGAAGAGCGGCACUGCGCAGCCGUCUGGCUGACCGGCAACGCGGUCGUUCAAGGAGAGACUACAUCCAAACAUUCAACCCGAAAGACCAUAUUGGUCACCUCGUCCAACACCCAGUAGUCUCAGAAGCUACUGAUAGGGACGCCUUAUCGCCACCCGGAUCCAAGCCCGCUAGGCACGCUCGGAUACCAUCUGAUGCUACGGACCGGAGUACGUCCACCAUUGUUGCACCUAACCAACCCAGUCUGCAAGAAUCAUCCAGCAAUCCCACCUUGACUACCGGUCCUAUAGGAGACUAUUCUGCUCAACUGGCCAAAUUCAUCCAGUCCCAGCUGAACUCGAUACCAACAUACACACCCGGCGAAACAUCCAUCUCACCCAGGUCAUGUCCCGAUCUAUCCUUUGUGCGGAGCCCUUCUCUAAGGAGCCCUGCUCUGUCACCUGCGAAGCCGGUGCCGAUGAAGCGCCAUGUAGGCGCGCCUAGUCUAAUCGAAAUACCUAGUAUACGUCCACCUGCAAGGAGUGCCUUCUCCGCCUGGAGCUCAACGGAUGAUGAGGCCGAUGACGAGGCACCGCCACUGCCUGACACCGCAGACAUCCAAGAAGCCCCGAAAGCUUCAUACACACCGUCGGUGUUGCGCUACUACGAGCAAACGAAUGACGCGACGUUCCUUUUCUCAUCUACGCCAAUGGGCGAUGAUGCAAAAGACAAGCCAUCUACUGCGAAGGCCUUCUCCUUCCCAGCCAAUCCCGCACCAUUAGAAACACGCGCUGAGCCUUCAUCGACACGAGACGAGGACUACCCGUCAUCAGACCUAUCGAGAGUAUCCCCUCCUUUCAUCAUCGUCGGCUCCUUCUUUAUCUUCUAUCUCAACUGGAUCCUACUUCGAACACAAGACGCCUCUCUCCCAGGUACCGGAUUUGAAGGAUCGCAUCAUAGCCGCGGUGACCCCUCCACGUCACAAAGUCAUACCGGCAAUAUCACCAUUCGAAGGGGCCGACCUGGCCAAUGUGCACGACAUUCUGGUCCAAUCCCAGCGGAGCGUCCUUGUCGACGGUAUGUCUUUCGACAUGGUCCGAGACUUCACCGCGCCCAACGACAACGUUAG